GUAGACUAAAGCGAAUUAAGUUAACAUAAAAUGGGAGAUAAUAGUGCAUUCGUGCUAGAUAAUGGUGCAUUUUAUGCAAAACUCGGCUUGUCCGAUGCACCGGAACCAAAAACCAUUCUCAACUGCAUCACAAAAGCUAAAUCGGAAAGAAGGCGACCAUUCAUCGGUAACCAGAUAGAAGAGUGCCGCGACGCAUCGGGACUGUUCUACAUUCUCUGCUUUCAGCGGGGCUACCUAGUGAACUGGGACGUACAGAAAACGGUUUGGGACUAUCUGUUCAGUCCCGAUUGUUGUCCGGUGCAGUUUUCCGAAACACCUCUACUCAUCACCGAGCCACUGUUUAAUUUCGGCUCGAUCCAGGAGGCUAUGCUAGAAAUCCUAUACGAAGAAUACGACUGUGAUGCCGUAUGUAAGUCGACCGCGAUAGAUUUAGCUGCCUUUAACUAUACGCACACCUUCGACACGUCGGCCGACGAACGGAAAAGGCCACUCGCCUGUGUGGUGGUAGAGAUGGGCUUCAGCUUUACCCAUAUCGUCCCGUUCGUGAAGGGUAGCAAGGUGAAGGAAGCGAUCCGACGUAUCGACAUUGGUGGCAAGGUGCUGACGAACCAUCUGAAGGAAAUCAUCUCCUACCGGCAACUGAACGUGAUGGAUGAAUCGUACGUGAUCAAUCAGGUGAAGGAGGAUAGUUGCUUUGUGUCACAGAAUUUUAACGAAGAUAUGAGGAUAGCGCGGAAGCGAUUCCCCGACAAUACAAUCGUACGGGAAUAUGUGCUGCCAGAUUAUACACAGAUUCGGCGUGGAUUUUUACGCAACCCGAAUGAUUCGGCCGGCGGUACGGAUGGUGCAGAUGAGCUGCAAACGGUUAGAUUGGGUAACGAGCGGUUCGUUAUACCAGAGAUACUGUUCCACCCGUCGGAUGUGGGAAUACAGCAGAUGGGCGUGCCGGAAGCGAUAGUGGACGCAAUCAAUCUAUGCCCGGAGGAGACACGACCACAUCUAUUUGCAAACAUUGUAGUGUGUGGAGGGUGUGCCCUGUUUCCAGGGAUGCAGCCGCGUGUGGAACGGGACGUACGUGCACUGGCACCGGAUGAGUAUGACGUUAAAGUAACGGUACCGGACAAUCCUAUCACAUACGCGUGGCAUGGUGGGAAAAAGUAUUCACAAUCGCUUAGCUUCCUAAAAUCAUGCAUGAGCCGGAACCAGUACGAGGAGUACGGCACCAAGCAUCUGGUCGAGAAGUACGAAAGCUAGCGGCGGAAGAAAACGAAAAGUCGCAAACA